AUGUCCGCCCAUGGAACCAUGGACGAUUAUAACAUUCAAGAUGCGUGGAAUCGGGCUUGUGGGGCCUUCGCGCAAACCGCCAACGUCGAUCUCACCAAGUCUCCCAAAUUCACUGUCGACGAAGUCCUUGAUCAGAUCCGAACAAAACAAGAUGCAGACGACGAAAAAAACAACAAGUACAGAGCGGCCAAAGAUGUCAUUGGGAAGACACUGAAAUUCAUUACAGUGCUAGGAGGUAUAGCCGCUCAAGGUGCUAGCAUGGUAUUCGCACCCAGUAGCCUUUGCUUCAAUGCUAUUUCAUAUCUCAUCGAUACCGGAGCCAAGUACAAACGCAUUUUUAGUAGUCUUGCUGAGCUCUUUCGGCGCAUCUCGGAUGUAUUGGAGCGCUGCAAGAUCUACAUGCGCUUGCCACCAGACGCCGUUGACAUUUCCCUACGUAAGAUCAUCAACGAGGAGCUGUUAUGCUUUGUGGACAUUUGUGCAUUGUCUAUAAAGGUUCUCAAAGGCAACAAGAUCCUUACUGCCCUAAAGGUUUUCUCAUUUGAUGGCGACGAAGGUGUCAGCGGUCAAUUAGCUCGUCUAGCUUCCCUGGUUGAACGCGAGUCUCAAAUGCGCGCGACCUUAGGAUUCGAAUCGCAGAAGACCAGCGAACAAGCGAUUGUCGAAACCCGAGAGGGAACCAAGAGAGUUACAACUACCGUCGACAAGCUUCUUACAUUUGAGAAGAAGAGGGACGCGGAUAAUACGGAACAACGGCUUCUAAACAGCAUUGAUAAUAAUCUCGACCGUCCUAGCGAGACAUACAAAGCUAUUCAAGCAAUUUACAAACACCGCUUGACAGAGCAAGUGCAGGGUAGCGGGGAAUGGCUUAAAGGCGACCCUGAGUAUACCGCGUGGAUGGAUACCCGAGGAUCGCAGUCACAGUGUUCAAUCCUGGGUCUCAGUGGGGAUGAGGGCUAUGGGAAGUCAUUCCUUUUUGCGGCUAUCAUUAGGCACUUGCAAGAAGUGUACUCCGAGGCUACAGAGGAUAUGACUUGCAUCUCAUCUUCAUACUACAUAUUUGAUCAACAGGAGAAGAAAGACCCAUCUCUGACCAAGGCUUUGGAAGUGCUUGCUUGGCAGAUUGCUAAAGUGGACAUCGUGUAUCGCAAAGAAAUAGGAACGGUCAAAACAGCUGGUGUGAAUCAGAUCGAAGGGCUUUGCGAGCAACUAUUCAGCAAAUCCUUUAAGGGCGACUCAACUUUCUUUCUCUUAUUGGAUGGAGUUGAUCAGAUGCACAAGCAUCAUCUCAAGGAGUUCAUGCUAGUUCUGGAGCAUUGGCAGGCUUCAUCUUGGCCUCGAUUCCGUCUUCGUGUCCUCCUUACUGGCCGUAAGGAGACGAUGGAAAUGGUCAAAAAUCAACUUGGAGAGGGAAUUGCAGUCAUUGACGUGGCAUCAAAGAACCUUAGCGAUAUGGUGUGCUUCGUCAAGGACCGUAUGAGCAAGAUGGAGAUCCUCGCUGGAUCCUCAGACCAAGUGGUAGCUCUGCGCGGCGAGAUUUUGGAAACUCUGACGAAAAAAACGAAAGGCGACUUUGUCAAUGUCGGACUUCUCUUAGAUGAAAUCAGCGGCAAACAGCGGCCUGGAGAGAUUCGCGAAAUCCUAGCCCGAUCUGGGGAAAAUCGCUCUGACACGAUCGUUAGAAAGAUUGAUCUACUCACGGAGACUCUCAGUGACGAAGAUAUCUCCGAUCUCAAUGAGCUUCUCACAUGGGUGGUGUUUUCGUUUCGCCCGCUGGGCCUUGACGAGCUGGAGGCGGUGCUCUUCCUCAAAUCGCGCGAGCCUUCUCUUCGACCCCUCGCGGAGAAGAUAAGAGACCAGUAUUCUUCUCUCUUUCACAUCGCAGGCGCAUGCGUUCACCUUGUCUCCGAUUCGAUAAAAGACUUCUUGCUAACCAAACUCAAUCCCGAAGCUAACAAGCAUGAUGAUAACCAACAAAUUAUGGGCGAGGUCAGCGAGGCUGAGGUAAGAAUUGUGAGACGAUUCUUGGAGUCUGUCUGUGACUCUACACUGUUUAACAGAUUCGGAUUCGAUGAAUUUUUCCAGCGGAAGAUCAAGGGCAGGGCUGUUCGAGUCGGAGUGGACAUAGAGACGGCACAUCUGACGUUAGUGUCGGGAUGCCUAGAGGUUAUUUGCUCGAAACCAUCGUCAAAUAUAGAUGCUUUGCUUCCCUACGCGGUGCCAUUUUUCGGCGAGCAUCUCAGACAAGCGGACCCUUCGUUGACACAACCACAUCUCAAAAUCGCUCUAGGCCCGUGCCUGGUGAAGGCCUUUGCAGAUGAAGAGGCCAUAGACCGAUGGUGGAGCUUUAACAACGCCUGGCUACGGAGCAUUUGGAUCUAUGACGAUGACAUGGCGGAAGUCAUACUGAAAUGGCUGCAGGACUCUGCCGUCACCAAAAACAUUUCCGAGGAGCAGAGCAAGUGGGUCAAGAGUUUGAGCUCCAAGUCUGAGCUCGAUGCAGAUGUCCUUGAGCAUAUCGGCAGAACCCUUGCCCGCAGGUGGCUCCAGAUUGGUGCUGAGAACGUUGCAUUCUAUUUUGAUGCUGUGCAAGGGUAUAUCACAAAGAUCGAGAACCGCAAAAACCCAGAGAUUGAAAGAUUGACCCAUGAGCCACUCACGAAUGAGAUUCAGGCUACCGACAUCCUGAAUGCUGCUAAAUGGGCCCAGGAGCAGAUCAAGUUAGACACUUUGGGUUAUGAAGAAAGCCGUAACCUCUCACGUACUCUGCGCGACUACGGGAAAUACGAUGAGGCAAUAGAACAAUUCAAAAUUACCUCAACACUGGCGCAAAACAACUGGUUCUCGCAAUGGGGGUUAUCGGAGUGCUAUGCCAGCCAAGGGGAAUAUGCCGCCGCAAUCGAUAUCUUGGAGGCCACGAAGAAGGCAAUUGAGACCGGCGAGAUGGGGGAUGCUAACGAGCUCAAAUGGGAUAUGGCUGGUAUCGAUCGCAAUUUAGCUGAUUGGAACAAAGAAGUCGGCCGAACAGAAACGACUCUUGUGAUAUAUGAGAAGCUAAUACAAGAAACGCCCAACGAUUAUGAUACUACUCUUGCGCUCAUCAUGCUGUUGCACGAGCAAAAGAAUUACCCGCGUCUACUCGAGUUCCUCCAGUCACUGAAAGAUUCUACAGACGGGAGUAAUCCCUUCGAUCGACAAACCUCGACUUUCCAUGUACAUUACGAUCGGGAAGAAUACCAUGAAGCCCUCCGUGCAUCGGUAUCUGGCGAGCGAGAGUUCAAGAUAAUUUUCGAAAGCUACGAAACAUCCAUUGCCGAUGCCAAGGCACUAGCCGCACAGGGAAGAAAGAGUGGCAAUGCCUCAAAAGAAUGGUCUGGGCAAGUCUGCCAGAUUUAUCUUAUGCAUCAAAUUGCACUUCUGUGUUACAAAAACAGCUCUCAAAAACCCGACCGGUUGGACUUUGCCAUCAAUCAGUGGUUGUACAUCCUGACGAUGAAUGGCGCAGAUGACUCUUUGAUUACAGAUAAACAAGCCGUGGUUCGCUCGCAACUUGCUGUCGUCUGUUCAGAGAAGGCCCGGCAAGAUCCAGAAAAUGCUGCGAUCUAUCUGGAACACUUGGAGAAUAUUUCAUCAUUGGUGAGCAACGAGAAUCUUGCAGGGCAGUUCCUUGGCACGCAUGCGGCGCGACUCCUCGCUCGAUAUCACACGCUGCAGGGAGAUGAGCAGGCUGCUAAGAAUACCUUACGUGCCCACGUGAAGCUCAACCUUGACCUCCUUUCUGAUGACGAUCCACUCAACGACUGGCAGGGAUACAAUGGGCUCGCAAUCUACUUUAUGUCUGCAGGACAGGAGGCCGAUGCUCUCGCCGCUUGGUCAAUGAUAGCUCCCAUAGAGGCGACAGAGAGUACCUCUGACUCUGCUGGAUCUGACGCAGUCGAGAGGAAGCUGGAGGGGCUCUUGAAUGAUGCCUGUGACGGAGGUUGCGGUACCCAAUGGUCUUUUGCAGACGACAUUUACGUCUGUAAGGAGUGUAGCUAUGUGGAGUUUGACCGAACAUGCUUGGACAGUCUACAGGAUGGGACUCUCGAGGUGAACGUUUGCCGUAAGGACCAUGACAUGCUACAUGUGCCACCCUAUGAUAGGGCUGCACAUCAGACCAUUGGUGAGGGAAACGUCAAGGUUGGCGAGGAAAUUCUAUCGGUCGAUGAGUGGCUCCAGCGGAUUCGCAAGAGCUGGGGAAUUAGGACGUAG